GCGGUCUGGAAAGAUUAAGCGGAUCCUGCGGUGUUUUGUGCAGUAGGCUGUGUGAGCGUUUGCGUGCAUGUAUGAGAGAGGGCGCUUUUAAGUGCUUUCAGUUGGACUGUUUAUUUGUCACAGUUUGUUCAAUAGUGGGAGAAUUUUGCACGGAUAAAUACCAACAUCCAGCCGACAUGGGGAAGGUAGAAGGAGGAAUGAAAUGUGUGAAGUACCUUUUGUUCGUCUUCAACUUUAUAUUCUGGUUAAUGGGCUCAUUUGUUUUGGCCGUGGGACUAUGGCUACGUUUUGACCCAGAGACUGUUUCUCUUCUCAAUGGCAGUAAGGCUCCAGAUACCUUUUUUCUUGGUGUCUACAUACUAAUUGGUGCUGGCAGUCUGAUAAUGCUGGUUGGGUUCUUUGGCUGUUGUGGAGCUGUUAGAGAAUCUCAGUGCCUGCUGGGUUCAUUUUUUGCUUGUCUGCUGAUCAUUUUUGGGGCCGAGGUGGCAGCUGGAGUUUUUGGAUUCUUAAAUAAAGAUAAGAUAAUUCAAGAUGUACAGAACUUCUACACAAAAACGUACAAGGAAAACAGCAACAGCACAAUGAUCCUGUCCUACCAGAAAGUGCUGAACUGUUGUGGAACCAAGUCAAUUCCGUGUGAUGCUGGAAGUGAAACCAAGGAUUGUGAGACAGGAAUCAAAGAAUUUUUUGACAGCAAACUCUUCAUCAUCGGUUAUGUGGGCAUUGGCAUUGCUGGAGUCAUGAUCAUUGGGAUGAUUUUCAGCAUGGUGCUCUGCUGUGCCAUUCGCAACAGCAGGGAGGUCAUCUAAGUUCCAUCUUUGAACAAUCUACACUCUCCAUCCUCUUAAGCACUUCGGAUAAGAUGUCAGCUUCUGUCAAUCAUCCAUACAUCAAGACAUAGAAUAGGUUUCUCAAAUUCCUUUCCACCUUGGUGUUCUGCUCUCGUCUUUUUUUUUUUUAUUCCUAGUCACGACCCAGUAGAAUAACAGCUUUUGUAACCCUCUGUUAGGACAUUUUUUGUUGACCUGACAAUCUUCUAAAUAGUUUUCCUUUCAACCAUUUGGACACUGCUAGAAAGAUUAACCCACAUACUGUCACAGCAGUGUCAGUUCUUUUUUACACACCCUUGACACUGACCCCUUGGCUGUGGGAAACUGAAGCCUUAGAGAGCAAUCUGAGGUUAAAACAGCUGAGUUUGCUUAUGUGUGACACAGAAGCACACACGUACUAACAUGCCAUGGUCAUGCUAUGUGAGAUCACAGCCUUGAAAAAAAAAUCUGACCCUAAGUCUUGACUAGUGGUGGGUCAAAAAGGGGGAGAGCAUACUUUACACACACUCUGUGAACCCCUUCAAUCACAGAGGGUUCUUUUUUCAGCAAACCUACUCUUAAUAUUAAGAAAUAGUUUUAGAUUGUGUGAAUUUCAUCCAUUUGGUUUAUCAAAGAGCCUUUUUUGAAACUAUUGAGGCUGAAACAAACCAUGUCUUCUGAAUUUGAAGCUCGUUAAAGGAUGUAAACAAAGACAACUACAAUGGUGCUAAGUUUUUGUUUUUUUUUUGAGAGAUUUUACUGUCUCUGGACAAAUUCAAACGGAAAAUUGCUAAUGUAGUGAACUCUUUGAUAAAUUAACUAAGUAAACCACUUACUAUAACAUUGAUGUUCAUCAUGUAGGCAUGUUGUCCUUGUGUCCAAGAGUGUUUUCAUACCUGUGGUGUUUAGUCCAUUUAGCACAAACUCUGGUUCGUUUUCCCCUUGGUUCAGUUUUUUUGUGUAGAUGUGAACACAGCAAUUGCACUAGGGUGCAGACCAAAACCACCGUAUUGAGACCGUUUGGAGGAGGUGGUCUUGGUUCGGUUCCAAAUAAACUCUAGAGCGAUUCAUUUAUGGUGUGAACGUAAUCUGACCUUUAUCCGACACAGCUACCAGGUGAACGCUGCAAGCUUGAGUCAUACGCUUUCCUGUUCUCAGAUUUGCUUUGCAAUGUGGGUUGUACUACAGUAAACAAACAAUGAAAACAAAGACUGUGUCUUGCACAGUCUAUGCAACUCUCAAGAUCUCUUCUCAAAAUCAUUUAGUAUUUGUCUCAGAUUAUUUUGCAUGAAAUAGUACCCAGAAACAAAAGAACCUUCUUGCGUGGUUUGUAGUGAUUGUUUUCGGUUCGCUUUGAGUUUUUUUGCUGUAAAAAAGAAACCAAAACAUCAGAAAAAGUUACAAGUCAACAAAAUCAUCAACUGAUUUGGACAAAGUAAAUAAAUUAUAGGUUUAAACAUUUUUUAAGACUCCCUUCAAUCCGGACAAAGAGAGUGGAGUGGCAUUAAAAAUCAACCAGAACAUGGAUGGUCAUUACGGUGGUGGUAUCAUAUCAAGGUUCUAGAUCCUGUGUGUAAAUCUGAAACUUAUAGUUGAGGUGCAGAAAAGUCUUAAAUGCAUAGGGAAAUUCCAUAGACUGCGAAGAAACACGUGAUGCCAGUGUUUGGACAGCCAGGAAGUGCAGUUUUGUCAUGACCCAGCCACAGUUUUCCAUUGUAAAUGUGUCCUAACACUCAGAAAGACAGCAAAAAUAGUUUCCUUGUGUCAAAAAAUGCAUGUAAAAAUACACAUACAGAACAUUUAAACAUCCUUCCUGAAUACACAAUAGAAAUAAAAUUAGUAUUUCUGAAUGAUAUCAAGAACAUCAACGUUCAUUUACUGAGCCAAAAUUGAUAGAGAUGCUUCUUUUAGUCAGAAAAGGUACUUUUGUAAAUUAAAAAUGUUUUACCCAGUGGUGGAAAAUGUGUGUCCCAGCUGGUUAACUGAGAACUUUAGUUGAUAGUUUGAAACGUAGACAAUUUAUCUCAAUUUCAUCUCUUUUGUGCCUUAACUUCAUCCAAACAAAUACCAACAAAAAAACAUGUAAAAAGUCCAUGUAGCCAUCCUAAAUCAUUAAACCCCGUACUGAAGGAUUGAAUCAGCAUGAGAAAUGUGGAAUUGUUUACAUUUAUCUGGGUUGAAUUAAGCCGCUGUAAUGUCCGUUACAGGUUUUUCUAGUGUCAGGAUUCCAGUGUGUAAAUAUGUUUGGUUUUUUCAGUUGUAAAUUAUUUGUGGCAGAUGUGGUAGUUACUAUUUAACAUGUUGUAUGUCGACACGUGUUUGGUGUAGUUGUACAGAGUAAUGUAAGUUUAAACAAUUCGGAAGAAGAAUUAACUGAUACAAAACUUGUUAAUGUGCCUUUCUUUGAUCACAAGCAUCAUGUAUUUAAAGAUCUGCAGGCCGUCUGAACGUAGCAAAUAAAUGUAGCGAAGUGUGCAUAUGUUAGUAGAGUUGGACUAGUAGUUGUUGCUCACAUCUAAUAAGUGGCCCAAGGUUUGCACUCCACAGGUUCCCUCAUUUGAAUUAUUAAAGGUUUUAAAAUUAAGACCUUCCCUUACGACCGUGUCAAAAGCUUUUAGAUACCCAAAAAAUAACUCUUCUGAACCAGAAUAAUUCACUUAAAGUUGAUUAAAGUAAAAUUUAUCUGGUGGUGUUGUAAAAAGCACUUAUCUACUGGUAUUUUGGCCUUUUUUAUUACAAUGAAGAAUUACUCAAAUAUAAGAAAAACUAAAAAGCCAACUUCAGGAUGCUAGUUGGCAGUUUCUACUCUCACGAUUCAGGCGACACACAAGAGAGCCACUAAAGUGCCAUUUGGUUCAGCAGAGUUUCAGUGUUUACUGCUAUUCACUCCAAAAGCUGUUGUCCUCGGUAAAUUUAGAACAAUGACACAAUGUGUACCUUUUAAAAAUAAAACUAUGCACAAGCUCGUAGAUGAUUGUCUGGUUAUUCAUUUUAGUUCGGUGUCAGGCUUCUCAGGAAUGUAGUUGUCUGAGGUUUAAUAAAGGUUUUACACAAUCUUC